CCAUUUCAAUUCACACGUCGUUUUCCUAUAGCAAUAAGAUAUUUUAAUUCUUUAGUUUUAUUGUGUUCUAACUUGAAUGCGAUGUAAAGCAGGGCUUGCAUCUUGAUUAACAUCAAGUGAUUACAAUACUUAAAAGAUAUUUUAGUUGUGAAAAUUGCUUUAAAUAUAGUUAUUAUUAAGUGUUAAAAGUACAGAGAACUAGCCUAACCAUGCCGCCGAAGAAAGCAGCUGCAGCCGGCAGCAAAAAAACGGAGCAAAAGAAAAAGGAAAAAGUUAUUGAGGACAAGACAUUUGGUCUGAAGAAUAAGAAAGGUGCAAAGCAGCAGAAGUUCAUACAGCAGGUUGAGAAGCAAGUGAAGAGUGGCGGUAUACAUCCCGCCAAGCCUAUGGAUGAUAAGAAAAAAGAGAAAGAACUAAAAAUGAAAGAACAGAAAGAGUUAGCCAUGUUAUUUAAACCUGUACAAACACAGAAAGUUGAGAAAGGAACUGAUCCUAAGUCAGUAGUUUGUGCGUUCUUUAAGCAAGGUCAAUGUUUUAAGGGUGAUAAAUGUAAAUUCUCACAUGACUUGAGCAUUGAAAGAAAGGCAGAAAAACGAUCUCUCUAUGUUGACAUGCGUGAUGAUGAUGAUAACAUGGACAACUGGGAUGAAGACAAGCUCAAAGAAGUUGUUGAAAAGAAGCACGGAGAAGGUGACAAACAGCGGCCUACUACUGAUAUUAUUUGCAAACAUUUCCUUGAAGCGGUUGAAAAAUCUAAAUACGGUUGGUUUUGGGAAUGUCCGUCCGGUACAAAGUGUAUAUACAGACAUGCUCUGCCGCCCGGUUUCGUUCUUAAACGUGAUAAAAAGAAGUUGGAAGAGAAGAAGAACGAAAUCUCUCUUGUUGACCUGAUAGAACGAGAGAGGGCAGCUUUAGGUCCUAAACAAACUAAAAUAACUCUGGAAACCUUCCUUGCGUGGAAGAAAAAGAAAAUUAAGGAUAAGCAGGAAGCAAUGGACAAAGCGGAAGAGCAGCGGCGCACUGACUUCAAGGCAGGCAGAGCGGUGGGCUUGUCGGGCAGAGAGAUGUUCUCCUUCGAUCCAGCGCUGGCUGCGGACGCUGAUGAGGAUGGUGAUGAAGCCGUGGAUUUGGGUACAUAUGGUGAGGAAGAAGGCGAUACAACUGAGUACCGUGAAGUGCAGUUUGAUCUCAUCGGUAUGGAGGCUUCCGAGGCGGAUGACACUGGUACAAAAGCUACUGAAGAUAGAUUGCAGCAGCUCAGCCAAGGUCUGCAGAAUGGUGAAGAAGAGAAGUCCAAAGACGACCCCAGUGGUGAGAACUCUCCGGAAGAAACCGGAACAGCGGUGCCAAUCAAUGAAAAUCUAUUCCUCGAUGAGGAUUUGGAUGAAGAGCUUCAAAAUUUGGAUCUAGAGGAUUAGAUCAGACUUUUAUAAGCAAUUGUGUAUAUAUAAAGUAUUGGAAAGAAUUAAAAAAAUAAAUUUAUCAAAGUU